AUGGACGACAGUGGACCGUCAAGUUCAGAAGCUGGGCAUUGGGAAGAUGAACUAGAUGCGUGUUCAGAUUCUGAUAAGUCGUGGGGUGACGAGACUGAUGCUGACGGAGAGUCAAUUGCAUCGUCACUUGAUAGUGACGACCCUGUGUUUAGUCGUCCAGAUGUUUUGGAGCUUGAAUUAGAACUAAUGUUUAUGUACGUUCGGUUAUCUGAGUGGAAACAACAACGUGGAGGAGUACCAAGGGUUCCUAUUCCACAAAGAACUUCUAUACUAACGGGCUCGAUGUGGAUUCAUUGGGUUUUAACAAAUCCCAACGAAAAUACAUGUCUUGAACGCUUUCGAAUGAAUCCCGACGCAUUCCUUGCUCUUUGUAAUACGUUAAAGCAGAAUGGCUUCUUACAAAGUAGUCGAUAUGUGAAGAUAACGGAGCAGGUUACUGUAUUUUGCCUCCUAAUGGCACACAAUUGGACACAAUGGGACGUGGCUGAUAGGCUCCAACGUUUAACACAUACUGUCAGCGUAUAUUGCAGAAGGGCGUGUAAAGCCAUGUGUAGGUUGGGAAAGACCAUCAUACAACCGACUGAGACGCGCAUGCCACACCAAGUCGUCGCUCAAAAUGGCAACUACUACCCAUGGUUUACGGGCUGUAUUGGUGCUAUUGAUGGCACACACAUCGAUGCGAAGGUCAUCAAUGGGGAUGCAAACACAUACCGAAGCAGAAAACAUACAACCACUCAAAAUGUAAUGUGUGUGGCGGAUCUAGAUCUGAACUUCACUUAUGUAUAUGCUGGUUGGGAGGGAAGUGCGCACGACUCCCGCAUCUUUACUAUGUGUGUAAAUGAUCCAACGCUACGCUUCCCAACACCAAAAGAGGGAUUCUUUUACCUAGUGGAUUCGGGAUAUGGAUGCUAUCGCGGGUUCCUACCUCCAUUUCGUCGUGAACGGUACCAUUUGCCCGAAUUUCAACAUGGGCAAGACAUACCCAAGAGUAUGCGGGAGCUCUUUAACUAUAGACACUCAGCGUUACGGUCAGCGAUUGAGCGUUCCUUUUCGAUAUUAAAGAACCGAUUUCCUAUUUUAAGAAAAAUGCCCCCGUACCCACUACGAUACCAACGCCUAUUUGUGAUCGCAUGUUGCACUUUACAUAACUACAUAAGAAAGUUUAGCGGGGUGAAUGAUCCAUAUUUUGCUGAUGCACUACGUAGAAUAAACCCUUGGAUAGAUGUUGCUUAUCAGGCGGAAGGAGAAAUUGUGUCUUUGGUUUCCCCUGGAGAACGACCAGAUCAAUCAGAUGCGAGUGCAGUGCAUAUGACAAAAUUAAGGGAUGCAAUGGCCAGAAGUAUGUGGUCCCACUUGUCUCCGUAG